CCACAAUCCACGUGACUUUGACCCAUUUAUUUGAUCCGUUCUAACCGCUUCUUCUUUCUCUCUUUUUCAUUUCUCACAAUUCUCUCUCACCUUACCCUUAUUAUCGAUUUCUUCAUUUCCCCUUUUUCUCUCAAAACCAAACCCUAAAAACCAAAAUGUGUUCGUUGUUGGGAUCGUAAUCGAGUGCGGGCGAUAACAGUUUCGUGAUUCGCGCGCCUCUUUAUCAUUUCGAUUUCAAUUCCAAUGGCCAAAGAAAGUGCUACAUUGUUCGGUUUCGCGAUUGUGCGAGAUUGAUUUUUUUUUCUGAUUCGGAAGGGUUUUUGUUUGUUGCUAUCAUGUGUGAUUUGGUUGCUCGUACGGGUCGGCAUCAGCAACGGUAUGAGGACGGUUAUCGUCUUGUUGCUGGGUGUGUUCCCUUUAGAUGUAAAACUUGUGAAGACUCUAGUUCUGAGAAGAUUGUUGAAGUGCUUCUGAUUAAUUCAUCUAGUGGGCCAGGUCUUUUGUUUCCGAAGGGAGGUUGGGAGAAUGAUGAAACUGUUGAAGAGGCUGCUGUAAGAGAGGCUAUAGAAGAAGCAGGAGUUCGAGGAGAUCUAAUGGAUUGUCUUGGGUGCUAUGAGUUUAGGAGUAAGACCCACCAAGAUGAGUUCAGUCCAGAAGGGUUGUGUAAAGCAGCAAUGUUCUCUUUGUUUGUCAAAGAGGAACUUGAGCUAUGGCCUGAGCAAAAUACCAGAAAUAGGAGUUGGUUGACUGUAUCGGAGGCACUUGGAAGCCUUCGACAUGCGUGGAUGAGGGACGCUCUGGAAUGCUUCUGCAAAUGGCACGAGGAAAAGUUUGCGGGUUGAAGGAGAGGAAUUAUUUGAUAUUAGACUGAUUUGCUGACAAUUUAUUUUUAGGGAAUUGAUAUUUGACAAAAAUACUAUUCUUGGGGUAGUUACUUUAGGAAGUAUAACUUUGAUCAGAAUUGCUUAGUUAUUGUUUCAGGUCUGCGGAAUGAUCCCUGAUUCUUUUGAUUCAGAGUAGUUCAUGACAUUCAAUGUCCAGCUCAGCUGUUCAUUCUUGUUCUUUUAGUUUGUGUGUACACCUAUACUGUUUGGUUUACUAGAUUUUGAUGUUAAUAUGAUUGACUCAUACAAAACCCGGGUAAUAAAGGGAUAAUUCUUCA